AACAGUAAAAAUAAAAUUUUGACAUGUCAACAAUAAACUACGUUUUAUAGAUUAUUUUAACGUAUUUUCACUUAUUUUCUUAAUAAAAAAUUAUAUUACCGUAGAAAAAACAAAUUUACACAGACAUUGUUCGUAACUAUUUCGCCUAUAAAGUAAUAAAAUGGCAUUUGUUUACCCAGGAGACCCCGAGCUUGAAUCGAAAUCUAAAAAAGCUGCUGAACGAAUAUCGGAGAAUAUGCACAUAGUAGCGAACGAGCCUUCACUGGCUCUGUAUAGAUUACAAGAGCAUGUGAGGAAAGCCUUGCCUCCGAUGGUGGAACGAAGAGUGGAGGUGACAAAGCUGCAGCAUGAGUUGCAGGGCAGGUGCUAUGAUGUGGAGUAUGCUUUGAGCGCAGUAAAAUCAAUGGAUGGCGCAGCAACAAGUUUCAAGAACAUACAAGAGAUGUUGAAGCAAUCAAUAUUUUUAAAACAACAAUUAAAAUAUGAGGAAGCUAGGAGAAAUAAAAAAGACUCUAAUUCUGUUUAUAAACGUCUCUCUGCUCAUAUCGUACUUGACCUACCAGAUUUGUCCGAGUUCUCUAUGGUUCGGGAAACGACAAAUAGGAUUGAGAAUAUGAUGGCUCAGGCUAGGGGCUCCUCUGCUGAGCUGCAUAGGUCACACACCACUUUGCACUGAACAAAGUACUUUUUAUUUGCUGAAUUAUUGAUCUCGACACUGGUUUUGCCUUGCCAGACCUAUGUGCUUAUCUGCUUACUUAGUUAUUCUAAUUAACAAAAAACUCACAAUCUCAUUGUUGUAGGGUAAUACAGUACUCCUUAGUAUGAGUUUGCUUUACAUUGAAUGAAAAUGAAACGAGAGUG